AUGAGUGAACUUCAAAACGAACAAACAUUAUCAAUCCAGGAAGAAUAUGAUCUUUGGAAAUCUAAUGUGCCGCUAAUGUAUGAUUUUGUCAGCGAGACCAGGUUACUCUGGCCUUCCCUGACUAUGCAGUGGUUACCGAGCGAUGGACCUUCAGCUAAGCAACAAAUGAUCCUUGGUACCCAUACAUCCGGUUCCGAACAAAACUAUUUGAAAAUUGCAUCAAUCGAUUUGCCUAAGGAAGUUUCCGAUGGCAUAGACGUGCCCCUAGUUGAUGGUGGUGAGGAGGUGCAGCAGGCUGUUCAGUCGCGAAUCAAAAUUAAUAAAAAGAUACCACAUGAAGAGGAGGUUACGAGGGCUAGAUAUUCGCCAAAAAGUCCCAACAUAGUCGCAAGUAUAAAUGGUCACGGCAAAGUCUUCUUAUUUGACAUUACUGAGGACUCCGAAAAGGCCUUGCGAGCGGAGCUAUGCUUUCACAGGGAGAACGGGUAUGGUUUAGCUUUUAGUGGUUUGACUGCAGGCGAGUUGUUGUCAGGUUCUGAUGACGGAACCGUUGCACUGUGGGAUACCUGUGCUAUUAAGGUAUCCUCCCCGGUGAAAGUUAUUACUAGCCAUACUGAUAUUGUAAAUGAUUGUAAGUGGCACGAGUUUGAUGAGAAUCUGUUUGGGUCUGUGUCAGAAGAUAAGCAUCUCAUGAUUCAUGAUAAGAGACAAAAUGGACCUACAUGUAGUAUUGAACAAUCUGAGCCCUUCAAUACGAUAGCGUUUAGCAAGCAUUCUAGAAAUCUAUUCGCUGCAGCUGGUACGGACAGUUUAAUUUACUUGUUUGAUCUAAGAAACACGUCCAAGCCUUUGCAUAGCAUGUCAGGACAUCAAGAUUCGGUGACAAGCUUGGAGUUUUCGCCUCACCGUGAUGGUAUUCUGUGCUCUAGCGGGACAGAUAGAAGGGUAUUGUUAUGGAACCUUGACCAGAUCGGUGCUGAAAUUGCAUCUGAGGAUGCAGAUGAUGGUGUUUCUGAACUGAUGAUGAUGCAUGCGGGGCACAAAAGCGGAAUAAAUGACUUUUCUUUUAAUCCUAACAUUCCAUGGCUAAUGGGUAGCGCGGAGGAAGAAAACAUUGUCCACGUUUGGAAAGUAAGCGAGAAAAUUACUGAGCUUGGGCAUAUGAAGCAUUACGAUAUUAAUUCCUUGGAAUAA